AUGAAAAAAACUCAAACGUUUUUUGUUUUUUUCACCUUUCUGACUUUAUCAUUUCCGGUUCAAUAUUUAAACGGUUAUAAAAUAAUAACGAAAAAUGAAUUUUAUGGUUUUUUCAACGAGAAAUAUUUACAAGUGGAAACUAAAAAUGGCGUCGUAAAAGGUUUUCUAGGAAGGAGUUGCAGGUUGGAAAAGGAUUUUGCUGGAUUUCGUGGGAUUCCGUAUGCCGAACCUCCCGUCGGAAACCUGAGAUUCAAGAAUCCGGUAGAAAAAGGAAAUUGGGAGGGCGUGUAUAAUGCGACGUAUCAGAGACCGGGAUGCAUGCAGGGAUCAUUUAAUUCCGUAUCGAAAGAAUUAAAAGAAGAUUUCAGCGAGGAUUGUUUGUUUUUAAACGUUUACACACCGAAUUUGAAAUUUUUAAAAAAUAAAAAUGAAAAUUUAAAAUCCGUCAUGGUUUACAUACACGGGGGAGCUUUUUUAAGCGGGAGCAGUUACGAAAGCAUAAACGCACCGGAUUUUCUAAUUGAAAAAGACGUCGUCGUCGUUACAAUUAAUUACCGUUUGGGAGCUUUCGGUUUUUUGAGUUUGCAAAAUUCCGAAGUGUCGGGUAACGCAGGUCUCAAAGAUCAAAAUUUGGCUUUGAAAUGGGUUAAAAAUAAUAUUCAAGCUUUCGGCGGUGAUCCCGAUAAGAUAACUAUUUUUGGAGAAAGCGCGGGAUCCGCUUCCGUUAAUUAUCAUCUUUUAUCGAAAGAAUCCCAAGGUUUGUUCAGAAGUGCAAUUAUGGACAGCGGAACCGUUCUCUCAUCGUGGGCAUACUCGAAACCGGAAGCCGCUCUUAAAAAAGCUAAAAAAUUAGGAGACAGUUUAAAAUGCAAAGCGAAGAAUUCAACGAAAUUAUUAUUGUGCUUGCAAAACGUGACAGCGGAAGUUUUGGCUGAAAAACAACAGCAAAUAUUAGGCGUUCAGGAUUUGACGAGCAUGGACGUCAUCGCGUUCGAACCGACAAAGGAACCGAACGUGACUGGAGCUUUCCUUACCGAAGAUCCAUUUAAUUUAAUGUUUUUUGGAAAUUUCACAAAAGUUCCAGUAAUAAUCGGUUCAAAUUCAGACGAAGGACUUUUAGUUUAUCCAGUUUUUAACGACAAGAGUUUGUCCGGUUUGUUGUUGACGUUACUCGGCAUGGAUUUAUCACGUCUCGCACCGACUCAGUUAAAUUUGAAACCUCUUUCGAUUCCAGCCAUAAAAGUCCACGAAGCAAUAUCCAAAUUUUACUUUAAUAAUAAAUUAGUCAACCAUCAGCAAACGUUCAAAGUUUUAGAGCUUAUCGGUGACGUCAAUUUCAUAUUACCCAUACAAUUGGCAACAAGUUUAAUGGCAAAACAUUCGUCACAUCCGGUUUACAAUUAUCAUUUUACAUACGAUGGCGGUUACGCAGUUUACAAAGCUUCUGCAAAUAUGGAAAACGUUACUGGAGUUUCGCACGCGGAUGAAUUGGGAUAUUUAUUUUACACUCCGGAUUUUCAUAAGAAUUGUGGAAAGCAAAGAUACGAAACGACGAGCGCAUUACCCGAAGAUGAAAUCAUGGUUGAAAAAAUGACAAAAAUGUGGACGAAUUUUGCUAAAACGGGGGAUCCGACUCCGGAGUUGGAUGAAUUCGUUGACACAAAAUGGAAUCCAUUCACGGAUGAAACUCAAGAAUAUUUAGACAUCGGAAGUAAUUUAACAGCAUCCAACAGUUUAAAAUUAAACGUCAUGAAAUUUUGGGAAGAAAUAAUACAUAAUAAUAUUAAGAGUGAUAAAAAAAAAAUGGAAGACCCGGAAUUGGAUGCCACGCAAUUACUCGUACACGGAUGGUAA